GAACUGGGGUCGGCGGUCGGGGUUAAAGGUCAUGGGGUUGGGAGGUCAGAGGUCGUGGCCGCGAUGAUGGCGGAUAAGGAGAAGAAAAAGAAGGAGAGCAUUCUCGACCUCUCCAAGUACAUAGACAAAACAAUCCGUGUGAAAUUUCAAGGCGGACGAGAAGCCAGUGGAAUUUUAAAAGGAUUUGAUCCACUUCUCAAUCUUGUAUUGGAUGGAACAAUAGAGUAUGUGAGAGAUCCAGAUGACCAAUACAAAUUGACUGAAGACACGCGACAGCUUGGCUUGGUUGUAUGCAGAGGAACAUCAGUUGUUCUGAUUUGCCCACAGGAUGGGAUGGAGGCUAUUCCAAACCCUUUCAUACAACAACAAGAUGGUUAAUUUGAAAAUGUAUCAUCACAAUAUCUCAGGAUUCCAAUUUAGUUGGUUUUAUCCAAAUGGGCACUUGUAAUAUCACCAGCAGCACUGGAGGAUAUUUAUGAUUUGUGAGAUGGCAAGCAAGUCUUUACACCUUUUUUUAAAAAUCUUUUUGCAGAUCAGUUAUGAACUUAUUGCCAUCUAUGCAACCAUCCUGUAUUGCAGUACUAGCUGUACUGCACAAGGGUAUUGCCAGGCACAGUACAUUUCUACAUGGCAACGGUCUGUAACACAAUAGAACAAGAUUCUAGGAAUUGACCAGUGCCAGUAAACCUGCUGAACUGUCACUAGAAUCAUUCUAGUGGAAGUAGUCACUUCUUUCAGACUUCAGCUGAAUCUCCCCAGCAGUAAUCUCUAGUGUUGGUUAGUUUUUUUUUUAAAACCAGCUGAUUUAGAAACCUGCAUUUUUAUACUCCUUAAUUUGUUUAUUUAAAAUUGUGUUAAAUUGAGCAUGUUUCUGGAGUUUUAUUUUCUGAAGCGACUUUUACCCUUUUUUUUAUAUAAUGAAAUCAGUGUUGAACAGUUAUUCCUUUUGAUUGUGAAUAACAUCACAUAGCUUAGGUUGGAGCCCUGCAUAUAAAUUGGUUUAAUAUAAGUCCCUUCAGAGAUUGGAUUAGUUUCCUUGUUUACUUUUUGAAGCUGGAUGUGGAUGACAAAGUCUUUCUUGUACAAUAAACUUUUUUUUUCCCAGUAGUUUCUGCUGGGUCUGCUUUAUUUGACUUUGAUUCAAUAGAACAGUACUGUAUAAGAUAGUAACGUAGAUUGCAAAGUUACCUCUUGCAUUGAUUAUGCUCAAUCUUCUCGUACCUUUUUUUAUUAUAAAAUGCGAUGCAACAAUUAUCCAUUGUGACAUUUUAAAAUGAACUAGAUUUGGAAGUGCUGUUAAAUUUUUAAAAAUACAAUACUAGACAAAACUCUGCUCUGCCUGCAGCUGAGGAGACAGAUAAGGUUAUGUUUUAGGCAUAGGUUCACAUCCAUAAUUUUAACUGUGUUGCAAAGAUCUUUCGAAUUCAUUCUCACAAAUAUUUGUAUUUGUCAUUUCACUUAAGACUACAAUUUAAUAUUUUAUGAAUGCAAACUACAAGU